AUGAAGGCAAGGGCCCUUGGAAAGGACGAAAUACUCUUCCUGCUUGACUUGAUUUCCAAGCAAAAAGUUAUUACUACCAAGGCAACGAAUGCUACAAAUAACAAAUUAAAGGAAGAGGCUUGGAAAUCCAUAGCGCAGGAGUUUAGUACAAUGGCAGGAGAAUUACGGCGUCCUGAACAACUACGCUUAAAGUGGGAAAACUUAAAAAAGUCGGCAAGGAAACGCAAUUCAUUGAUAAGACAAAAUAAUUUAAACACCGGUGGUGGAAAAAUGUACAUCCCUCCCGAUGAAGCACUGGACCGUGUAACAUCUAUGUUGGGUGCAACAUGCACGGGGUUCACUGUGGAGUUUGGUGGUGACAGGGAAAAAAAUGAUGCCACCAGAUGCGGUUGUGGAAUUCAUUGA